CUGGAAGCUUUGUUCCUUCCGCCAUUUUGCUUCGUGCGAGAAGAGUUCAUUUUUCUCUAUCAUUUGAGGCGAAAUUCAGCUGAUUUCAACGCUACACAGCCAGGCGACGAUUCAAACAUAUGGGCUGAGCUAAGCAGUGGAAGAGCUGUUAAAGAAGAGACCAUCGGGCAUUCUGGGGACGAGACUAGCAACAGAGAGAACGAGACAGGCACGAGAGGGCAACAGGACAAGGAAAAGUAAACGUGUGGUAUUGACCCUCCUUAAACCGACAAGGUACGCUCAUAACACAUAUACGUGCAAACUCAUCGAGGACAGAUGGAAGGACAAAGAGCACAGGAUGCUUUAGAUGCUGCUUUGGCUGCGUCCCACAGCUGCGACCACUGCGGAUACAGGGUGGCUUACAAGUCUCAACUGAUUAGGCAUAUGAGAAAACAUACCGGUGAGAAACAUGGUGAAAAAGACUACAUGUGUGGGGAUUGCGGAUACAGGGUUGCUUAUAAGUCUCAUCUAAUCAGGCACAUGAGAACACAUACGGGUGAUAAACCCUUCAAGUGUGACCAGUGUGACUAUUCUGCUGCACUGAAAGUCAGUCUAGAUCGCCAUAUGAGAAAACAUACAAGUGAGAAACCCUACAAAUGUGAGCAGUGCGACUAUUCUACUGUACGGAAAUAUGAUUUGGACAUCCACAUGGCUAAGCAUACUGGUGAAAAGCCGUACAUGUGUGGAGAGUGUGGGUACAGGGCGGCGCAGAUGUUUCAUCUAACAAGGCAUAUGAGAACACAUACAGGCGAGAACCCCUUCAAGUGUGACCAGUGCGACUAUUCUACUGUACGGAAAUCUGAUUUGGAUAUCCACGUGGCUUGGCACAAAGGUGAAAAACCCUUCAUGUGUGGAGAGUGCGGGUACAGGACGGAAUACAAGAACAGCCUAACCCGACAUAUGAGAACACAUACAGGCGAGAAGCCCUACGAAUGUGACCAGUGCAACUAUUCUUCUGUACGGAAAGGUGCUUUGACCCGACACAUGGCUCAGCAUAUGGAUGAACAGGCACUUUAGACCAACACAUGGCUAAACGCACCGGCAAAAAACCCUAAAUGCGUGGGGAGUGUGGGUAUCUAGCCUGGAUACCAUACCCCUACCUCAAAAAUAUCUUUCGUGUUGGGGUCUGGCAGGAUGGCUGUAGAAAGGUUCUCCAAGGCCCUUGAUCAGAGGGAGGAGAACCUAGGAUUGAUGACCACUCACACCGCAGGUAGCCAGCUACAACACACCACAGUUGGUCAGCAGGCUAUCGCAGUAGUGAAUCAGGUAAUUAGUGGUCACUGUUAUGGAUUAAAAAAAUACAGUUGGGGGUCUUAAACCAAUCAUGGUAGGGUUGUAAUUAUCUCCUGCUGAUCCUGCUGCUGUUCUAUUGGUGGAGUUUUUUGCCCACUAUAAGGGGCAAAAUUGAGAAGCCGACCUAUGCCAUCCGGCCAGACCCCUGCACGAUAGACACUUGAGAUCGGGCUGGGGUUUGGUAACCUGGCUAUUGGGUAUCGGGCAGAUCAGAUGAGUGAAAUAAGUCAACCAUCCAUCCAUAGUACUGAAAGGCACUUUAAUUCGUGACAUAACAUUUAAGUAUGUAUGUAUAACACAGAGAACUUGUAAAAUCCUUGGAUGUAUUUGCAUAUCUGUACUUUUCUGUGCGGAAAUACGCUCAUGUCUUGAAUGUAAAAAUUACUGGACGUCUUUGUUUAGCUUUAUCGCUAGUGUGCUGUAGUAGCUGGUCAUGUUCAAGAAGUUCAAACUAAUAAAAAAA